UCAACCACUAGUAUUUACUUCCCCAUUGUCCUGUUUAGAGUGGGUUUAGUCAUUGGAAAUGUAUUUGACUUUCCAUGCCUUUUAUUCAGAUCAGUGUUAGGAAUGUCUGUCACCUUAAUUAGAUUUCAGCACAACUGAACAGGACAUUUGAUACAAGAAAGAUUUCCAAUCUUGUGGUGUUAAAACCUUGUAAAGAUCGGACCCUUUUUCUUUUUUUCUUUGGCCUAAAAUGACAUACCCAAAUCUAACUGCCUGUAGCUCAGGACAUACAUAUUAUUAAUACCAUUUGAAAGGAAACACUUUGAAGUUUGUGGAAAUGUGAAAUUAAUGUAAGAGAAUAUAACACAUUAGAUCUGGUAAAAGAUAAACAGAUUUGAAAUGCAAUCGAAAGGCCAUAAUGUAUUAUUCCAGCCCAGGCGUAAUUUAUAUUUUGGCCAAUAGAUGGCAGCGGUGAAUGUGCAAAGUUUUAGACUGAUUCAAUGAACCAUUGCAUAUCUGUUCAAAUGUUGCAUCAAGACUGUCCAAAUGUGCCUAAUUGGUUUAUUAAUACAUUUUCAAGUUCAGAACUGUGCACUCUCCUCAAACAAUAGCAUGGUAUUAUUUCACUGUAAUAGCUACUGUAAAUUGGAUAGUGCAGUUCGAUUAACAAGAAUUUAAGCUUUCUGCCCAUAUCAGAUAUGUCUAUGUCCUGGGAAAUGGUUUGUGUUACUAACAACCUCAUGCUAAUCGCAUUAGCCUACGGUAGCUCAACCGUACCGAAGUCAGGACACCGAUCCUGUAGUUAAAUAGUUCAGGCUACAGAUGAUGUCCCUAAAAAGUUCCAUUAUUGGUGACAUUGUUCAAUGAAGAGGGGUCCAUCUGCACCUCGCAACAGUAGUCAGGAUCUUUUGGGCCAUCUGUUGUGUGGCGGUCCCUUCACUUGGAUUCAAAUGUGAGUUUGCUGGUAAAAUUUAACUGUUUCCAAAGUUAAAUGUGCGUAGCUUGUUUUCCAUUGUGGCGCAAAAGAACAGCUACCUUCACUCGAGAGUUUAAACGUUAACAUUUAAUCCAUUCAAAGAGCCAAAGCCGCCUUGCGGCAUGUUUGUCUCCGAGGACCCCUUUAAUCCGGGAUAAUACCCUCGCGCAGGGGCCUGAGUGGGCGCACGGAGUUUAACUUUGGACUUUUAAAUUCAUGGGAGAUUUAACGGAAACUGUAACCGUGGCCUUUCGCAUUCAUGGCGUCUGAGUCAACAGAGGCGGCAACAAUAGCCACAAGAGGCUCCUCGCGACCCUGGAGUGACAGAGAGCGGGAUCAGAGUCAGGGAAUAUUCUAAGGACUUCCCCAAAUUAUCACAUUCCUCCUCCCAAAUGUGUCUUCACUUCUCAUAGGCCUUGAUGCCCUGUUAAACCGCAUGUGUCUUGUUGGCUAGAUCAUUUAUUUUUGGUGGUCUCAUGUAAUUAAUGUGUAUUUCUGCGUUGCAAUCAAAAAUUGCCUAUUUUAACGAAAAUGGGGCACGUCUCCUAUGCUAAUUGAAUUCCGUUCGUUUUGGUUUCGCUUUCCCCAUCGCUCUGACGGUAAUCGUUUCCGAUAGUCCUUCCAAUAGAGCGGGGGCUGUCUCCCGGCCGGUACCGUGGACGGGGCGCGGUAAGAACGAUAGCGGGUGAAUGCAGAUUGGGCUAAUGAAGCAGGCGGGUGGGGGGUAGAGGGGAGAUUGAUGAGACCUGGGGAGACUGGUGCCGCUGUGAUGGAUAGAUGGAGAGAAGGGAGAUGGAUGGAGAGAGGGGAGACUGAGGGUAGGGUGAGGGAUCAGUAAAGGAUGGGACGGAUAUGUACCGGGUUCAGUGAAAGGCCGCACCGGGGGCCGAGACAGUAUCUGUCCCGGGGCACGUGGUGGUCUGGAACACGCGGGGGUGUCAAUCAAAAGAGGUAACCGAUCCAUCACGAGAGCAGAAUCCUGACCAGUCCCAAAGAGGGUGAUUAGAACCUCGUGACAAAGCUGUAAUGUGUUCUUGUCUCUGGUCUAUCAUCGAGUCAUGGUAGCCUAACCAAAAUGGCUAUUUUCAGUUCUGUUGUUGAAGCCAUAAUUAUUACAGGCUAUAGGCCCUAAUGUAUUAUUUCGAUAGAUAUUUGAUAUAUACCUGGACAUUUCCUUUUUUAAAUGAACUACCAGGCGAAUUAACGGCCAAAUAGCGAUUGGUCAAUUUGUAAUUUAGAGUAAUCAACACUCAUAUCAUAGAUAUAAUACCUAUAGAAUAGAAUAGAAUGUCGUUGACCGUGUGAAAAUAUCUAUUUGGCUUCCGUCCAAUUUUGACACCAUUAAAAUUGUAAAUAAUCAAGAGCAUUUUACUUUCGCCCUGGGCCGGCAGGGUAGCCUAGUGGUUAGAGCUUUGGACUAGUAACCCCCGAGCUGACAAGGUACAAAUCUGUCGUUCUGCCCCUGAACAGGCAGUUAACCCACUGUUCCUAGGCCGUCAUUGAAAAUAAGAAUUUGUUCUUAACUGACUUGCCUAGUAAAAUAAAGGUAACAUAAAUAAAAAAUAGCAUCUAAUACAGAUAGAUCAUGGAUGGCUGCUGUCCGUGACAUGGUGCUGAGACUCGGAGGCUACCAACCCCAUUUUCAACAUAAUUAGAAAAAGAAGCAAAAUCAAAAAGAAGCAAAAAAACUAUGAAGUAAAUAAUAAUUAUUUGUAUUGCGUAGUUGGUAUCGAAUGUAAGCCUACGUAUAAACCACUGAUGCAUAUUCCAAAACAAUGUUUGAAGGAACAUUCGUUGACUAAUUUUAGUCAGGCUAUAUAGCCUAGCCUAUAUACAUGGAAUUAUAUUUAUUUAUAUAUAUUUUUUUUUAUCUACGUCUGUAAACCUGCAUCUGUCAAGACACCAUGUUGUGUCUGUAGAGGCUAUUUAUAGCUGUAAUGGUCAUUUCAAAUAAUGACAUGAUUAUUGAAUGAUAGAUCUAUGUUAUGGGCUGUAAAUUAACCUGUAAAAUGGUCUGUUUUAUCCAAUUUAAUGGAGUCGCCUAUUCUCUGAGAAAAUAAGGUUCUGGAUAGAACCAAAAGGGGUUCUAUAUUUGCUUCAUAUAUCGCAUGCCUAUAUAUAUAUAGAACCCUUUUGUAGGGUUCUUUGAUCAGAACCCCAAGGGUUCUUCUUCACUGAACCAAAAUUGGUUCCAUUUAGAACCCUUGACUUUCAUAUAGGAUUCUAUAUGGAACCAAUUUCGGUUCUAUAUAGAACCUUUAGGGGUGUCAGAAUAUGAAGCAAACAACCUUUUUUUCUAAAAGUGUAGCCUAUAAAUUCAAAUAAAUGUAAAACCAUAAUUUUGAUCUCAUGGACUACAGUCCUUGAAUCCAUGAAUUGGGGAGUGGUUAUUUCACCAGCCCCACCCCAGUCUAGCUCAAUCAGUAGGCCUGAGGGGCCCUGGAGUUGAGAACCGACCGGUCAGUGGUCUGUCAUAAAACCUAGCAGUUGAGAACCGACCGGUCAGUGGUCUGUCAUAAAACCUAGCAGUUGAGAACCGACCGGUCAGUGGUCUGUCAUAAAACCUAGCAGUUGAGAACCGACCGGUCAGUGGUCUGUCAUAAAACCUAGCAGUUGAGAACCGACCGGUCAGUGGUCUGUCAUAAAACCUAGCAGUUGAGAACCGACCUGCCAGUGGUCUGGCAUAAAAUCUGCUUAAUUCAAACCUUUAUUUUGAGCAUUUUAUUGAGUCAGACACGGUGCUGAAACAGCCAAUGAAACAGCAGGUAAAAUGCUAUAGUGUGUACGGGCGGUUGCCAGGCACCUGUUGCUGUAAAUACACACAUGAACGUGUGUUUAGCUUCGACACGUUUUGUAUUUAUUUCGGCCUAUGUCCUUCCCUGCUCUGUAUAAGCAUUAGGCCUGUAAGUGCACAGGAUAGGCUACAUUUUGGGGAUAGAGCGAGUGCGUGCAUAUGAUUUGCACGGUGAUGGAUGAGUGAAGGCUGGAACGAUGGGGUCCCGUUGGCGCACCAGCCAUUCAAUCCCGAAUUACUUAUAUGCACAAUGGCGCAACGGCUUCAGGCGGACCGCUUCUAACCUGGUUAGAGUCAGAGCGCGCGACAGCUCUAUGACUAGUGGUGCCACGUCUGUGGUAGAGAGAGAGAGGCUGAGGGCGAGACAACUACAUGGGUUCUGAUUCAGGGUCCGGCUCGUGCGCGCCCCAAGGACUGCAAAAUCCUUUGUUGGGCUCGUGGAAUAGGGCACACAACAUACCUGCACGAUGACAGACACAAAGCCAACAGAUCAAUCUGAUAUCAUGCUUCAGACAAUAUCACAAUCACACAUCACACAACAGUUAGGCAUAUGAGGAAAUAUGCAUCAGACAGCAUUUUAUUUAGAUAAUUAGUUUAUAUACAGUUGAAUAACUGGAGUAAACUGAUUAAGCUGAAACAGUACGCGGUGGCAUACAGUGUUGAAACAACAACUUGUAUAUUGCAUUGAAGUUGACAAUCUUUUUUUAAUGAAAAGUGAGUGGUACCCUAUUGAGCAGCUCAACGUAACAGCACCGGUAUUGAGGAGAGAUGAUUUCUAUAUGUUGAAGGGAAACUGAGUAAGCUAUAGGAAUAAAAUGGUUUGAAAUGUAUUGGCCUAUUUGUAUUUUUUGUUUAACCUGCAAAUUAUGAGCCUGUAGGUCUACAAUAACCAGCCGAGGAAGAACUCAGAUAAUAAAAACACCCCAUUAAAAGUUGAGGUCUUUAGACAUGCAUUACAUGCAUAUGAAUGGGGACAACGGUGAGGCAUACGAAUGACUAAACAUGUGUUCAACAGUCCAUGAUAAUGUCCAUGAUUAAGCUUUGAAAAGCAGAGACAGAAACGAAAAUGAACGGAUAACUAUUGUGACUGCAUGUUAUUAACAGGUAUUCAUUCUAUUGUACUUUAUUUUAUAGGCCAAUAUUGCGAUGUUUUUUGUUUUAUAAUUGAUAUCAUUGUUAUCAUCAUAGUUUUUGUGACAUGUAAGUCCAUACAAGAUAAAGUAUCUGAGUUAGAGACACUGUAGUGGAUAAUAUAACGACUAUUCUCUCCCGGUGCUCCCCGCCCUUCAAACGCAAUGCAACCGGGCCUGACCGCGCGCCCUUGCUGCCACCACGGUGUGCCAUGCGUUCAGACAACAUACAUUUUCAAGAGGAUUCCUAACGUUAUUGAUAUUGUUGUAGACUUGUUGUGCGCGGAGAAACCCCAGUCCUGACACAGCAAGAUGCGGGUUAUUCAAUGGGACAUAAACAUGGCAAUGCGGCAGGUUGUAAUGCCAUUAGACUGGGCCACUGGCAAAGUAAGCGGUGAUAGUACGAGAAGAGCCCUCUGCCGCUAUCGAGAGCUGCUCUUUUACAUAUAAAACCGUAUUAUAUUAUUACACGCACACAGGGCCAGUGGCCAUAUUCCCAUAAUCAAUUUAGCACGCGCGUAAAACUGUUAAUUUAGCACGCGCGUAAAACUGUUAAUUUAGCAACACAAGCUCCAAGGGUUUGGACGAUAUGAUUUUGUCGAAUAUAGGCUAUUUUCUUCUAACGAAGAACCUCUUAAUUUCUCAAACGGUUGAAUUAAGGACCCAGAUGUAGCAGAGAGGACACUCCUGGUUGUCUAUGCAACUGAUAAUUCAUGUGUUUAAUAAACGUUACAUCGAUUUAGUGUCACUUCCAUUCCAGCCCCGGAAUAAGAGGAGACGCUGAGAUUGUGCUCUAACCACCCUGGGCAUUAUAAGCUUAUGGCCCAUGAGGCGCGUGCUAGUGUGUUUCAUAUCACGUUGGAUGCCACUGAACAAUAACUUAAAUCAAUUUAUGGGGAGUCAAUGCGUUUAUGAAAGCUUUCCAUGGCAUCCACUGAUUGAAACGCGUUUAGUUUGGUUCUGCAGUCAGACACUCUUGAGGUGACGCAUACACCCAUACACAGGCUACCACUCUUACACGGAGAGAAAGGCGACAUCUUGAACAACAUCAAAUAAAAUAUGUAAUUCCAGAAAUCAGAAUCAUAUCAGGAGUUUAUCUGGCAUAAAGACGUCUGGCUGAGGGUUAACUUCGCGCGCAUUAGUAAUGCAUGAGUAGUGGGAGGGGGCUGACCGUGCACGAUGCCCCCCAAUAGACUCUCGAGACAUUGUCAUGGAAAGAGACCACCGCCUCGUUAUUGUCUCGCGGACUGCCAAGUUUAUUAUAAACACUGCGCGAGCUGGCCGGUGCGCUGUCAUACUGAGCGCAAGGCGAGGUGGUCCGGAAGGGAGCGAGAGCGAAACUGACGUGGAUGGAAGAGGAAGAUACUGAUACUGAGAGAGAAAAGAAAGAACGAAAUUUCAGGAAUAUUACUUUCAAGGAAGAGAGAGCGACGUGAAGAAAGACAUAUAUAUGGUAAAAUAACAUCCUGCUUUGACUGAAAACAAGAACCAAAUUGAGAGCGGGACUGAACUCGGGGACCUAAAGCUGGUCAUUGGAGAAAUUUGAAAAACGGAAUUCAUUCUGUGGUGUUUUUACAGUUUUAACCGUUUUAAUUCCUCUCGAAUCCGGAUAAGUACAUUUCAUCCAGCGCUCGCCCCAGAGUUGUCGUCCUCGCGCCUCCAUGUAUAAAAUGGAUUACUCCUACCUGAACUCAUAUGACUCGUGCAUGGCGGCCAUGGAGGCAUCGGCCUACGCGGACUUCAGCUCGUGCAGUCAGGCCAGCUCGUUCCAGUACAACCCGAUCCGGACCGGGUUCGGUGCCAACCCGGGAUGCGCACCUCUGAGCACCGCUAGCUGCACACUGGGGUCCCUUCAGGAGCACCAGCCCACACCCUACUCCACAGUUCCAUACAAGUUCUUCUCCGACCCAUCCGGUUUAAACGAGAAGCGGAAACAGCGGCGCAUAAGGACCACCUUCACGAGCUCACAGCUGAAGGAGCUGGAGCGCGUGUUCGCGGAGACCCACUAUCCCGACAUCUACACGCGCGAGGAGCUUGCGCUCAAGAUCGACCUUACUGAGGCGCGGGUGCAGGUGUGGUUCCAGAACCGGAGGGCUAAGUUCCGUAAGGUGGAGCGUGCGGCCAACUCUAAAUCCAAUGGGACUGGGGGCCCAGGAGGGAACAAUGGCAAUGCUGGGGGGAAAAAGGGUGAGCCCAGAUCUUCCUCAGAUGAUGACGAAUCAAAAGAGUCCACCUGCAGUCCCACCCCUGACAGCACCGCCUCGCUGCCCGGCUCAGCCAAUGGGAACAUGGGUAGCCCUGCCAGCCUCAGCCCCAGCCCCGCCCCUGCUAAUGGUGGCUACGCCAACACCUCCAGCUCCCCCGUUCUACAGGGGCUCAAAUCCCCUGGCUGGCCCACCCUAGGCCCCGCCCACCCAGGAAUGGCCCAACCCGCAGCCCAAGCUCCAGAGCUGCUGAAGGCGUGGCAGCCUGCAGACAGUAUGACAGGGCCUUUCGCUGGCGUGCUCUCCUCCUUCCACCGGAAACCCAAUGCUCUCAAGACUAACCUGUACUAG